CGUCUUUCACAAGAGGCGUUGCUCGUCGGCCGCGGCGCUACUCUGCAAGGGAAAAAAGAAAUUUCCGCUUCCUGCACCGAUAAACAACUAACGCAACUUAAAAGAACAUUUGCGGCGAGUUAUUGAGUAACCACGAAUACAACUUUCCGUACCCCAACAUUGGGCGAACCUCGCUUCUCGUGUACGGAUGAUUCUCGUGCAAUAGCGGAUCUGCGGUUCAACAACUGGCCGUUUGAUUUGGCGUUCUUUUACUAUUUUUAAACAUAAGGUACCUCCAGUAUGUCGGAGCGAGGAGGGCUCCCGAGGACUGGAGGCGUACCGUCUCCGCAGCCCUCCAAACCGGUGGCGAUCACCUCCAAUCGCCCGGUGCAUAUGAACCUGUACGCCACCUGGGAAGUGGACCGAUCGUCCCCAAGCUGCGUACCGAGGCUCUUUAACCUGACGCUGAAGAAGCUCGUCAUGCUGAAAGAGCUGGAUAAAGAUUUGACCUCCGUGGUCAUCGCCGUUAAACUCCAGGGCUCAAAGCGAAUCCUUCGUUCCAAUGAGAUCCUGUUGCCAUCAACUGGCCAGACAGAAACAGACCUGCAGCUCACUUUCUCAUUACAAUAUCCUCACUUCCUGAAACGAGACGCCAACAAACUUCAGAUUAUGCUGCAGAGGAGGAAGAGAUACAAAAACCGAACAAUCCUUGGCUACAAGACUCUCGCCCUCGGCCUCAUCAACAUGGCAGAGGUGAUGCAGCACCCGACCGAGGGCGCUCAGGUUCUGGGUUUGCACAGUCAGCUGAAGGAUGUGUCAGUCCCUGUCGCCGAGAUCAGAGUUUAUUCUCUCUCCAGUCAGCCCAUCGACCACGAGGGGCCAAAAGCCAAGAUGAAUGAUCGUUCUCCAGACAUUGAUAACUACUCGGAGGAAGAGGAGGAGAGCUACUCGUCUGAGCAAGAGGGCAGUGAUGACCCCGUUCACCAUUAUCUAGAUGAUGAAGAGGACGAAGUUAGGAAGAAGAAACCCAGACGCAAACUCACUUCUAACGCAUCCAUCACAAGACAACCUAACAUCAAGCAGAAGUUUGUGGCCCUGCUGAGGAGGUUUAAAGUGUCAGAUGAGGUGGGGUUCGGGUUAGAGCACGUGUCCCGCGAGCAGAUCCAGGAAGUGGAAGAGGAUCUGGACGAAUUAUACGACAGUUUAGAAAUGUACAACCCAAGCGACAGCGGCCCUGAAAUGGAAGAGACGGACAGCAUCCUCAGCACUCCAAAACCCAAACUCAGACCUUUCUUCGAGGGAAUGUCUCAGUCGAGCUCUCAGACAGAAAUCGGGAGUUUGAACAGUAAAGGGAGCCUGAACAGAGACACCUUCAGCCCUGGUGAGCAGCCAACUACAGAUAAACUCAAACACUCCCGCAGCCGCAACCUGGAGGAGCCACUGUCAGAGACAGACACCCUGGAGCUCAAUGAUCAGGAGUUGUUUACUGAUGUCGGACCCUGCAUAACAGUGUCCGUGGCUGAGAAACCUCGCACACCUUUAAAAACCAGCAAGAAUGAGGUGCAGUCCAUGCCGUCACCCAGGCUGGAGGGAGGACAAACACCCCGGAAGCGCAGCACUCCUCAGAAGGACCGCCAGCUCUCUAAACCGCUGAGUGAACGAACAAACAGCUCAGACAGUGAGAGAUCACCUGAGCUCGCCCACAGCACACAGGUCCUCAGGAAGGCUGUGUACGAUCAGUUGAAUCAGAUUCUGUUAUCUGAUGCAGCGCUUCCAGAAAGUCUCAUUCUGAUCAAUGGCACCGAUUGGCAAGGACAGUAUGUUGCAGAUCAGUUGCAGGUUCAAAAGCAUCCUGUGGUGUGCACGUGUUCUGGUGCAGAGAUCCAGGCAGUUCUGUCUGCUCUACUUACACGGAUACAAAAAUUUUGCAACUGUAACUCCUCUAUGCCGCGGCCAGUGAAGGUGGCGGUGGUGGGGGGUCAGAACUAUCUGGGCUCUGUUCUGCAGUUCUUCGUCACUCAGUUGGCCAAUAAGACAUCUGAUUGGCUCAAUCACAUUCGCUUCCUGGUUAUACCUUUGGGUUCUCAUCCUGUUGCUAAGCACCUGGGUGCCCUUGACAACCGCUACAGUGCAUCGUUUUUGGAUGGAGGAUGGAGAGACCUGUUCAACCGAUCAGAACCGCCACAGACAGAUUUGGUGGAUGUAGCAUCUCGUAUUGCUCUGUACAUCAGUGGGGCAGUUCUCACCCACCAGCUGCCCAUCGCUGAGGCCAUGCUCACCUGCAAGCACAGGACAAGGGAUGAAGAUUCCUAUCAGAAAUUUAUCCCUUUUAUUGGGGUGGUGAAAGUGGGAUUAAUUGAGCCCGGUCAGUCGUCUGCAGGUGACAUGGAGGAAGGUGUAGCUGUGAGCCUGGCUGUCCCCUCCACUUCUCCACCCUCCCAUGGUUCACCUGCCAGUCUGAAAGAGACAGCCACGCCCCCUUCUUCUCCAUCAAUAGGUGGUGGUUUGGCUGUACAGGGGAGUCCUAGUAUGUCUCACGGGGUGGAUGCCAUUGGACUGCAGGUGGAUUACUGGCUGGCGUCUUUGGCUGACAAGCGUCGAGAAGGAGAGAGGAGAGACACGGGUUGUAAGAACACUCUGAAGAGCGCCUUCUGGUCCCUGCAGGUCACCCGAUUGCCAGGAGGGGGCGCCAGCGAGCCUCAAGCGCCUGGAAACACUAUGGCCAUGACAGUGGUCACCAAAGAGAAAAACAAAAAAGUUCCUACUAUUUUCCUGGGGAAGAAACCUAAAGAGCGGGAGAUGGACUCUAAGAGUCAAGUCAUUGAGGGCAUCAGCAGGCUGAUUUGUUCAGCCAAACAGCAGCCGACCAUACUAAAAGUUACUAUAGAUGGAGGCGAGUGGAAUGACGUAAAGUUCUUCCAGUUGGCAGCUCAGUGGCCGACUCACGUCAAGUAUCUCCCCGUUGGAUUGUUUGGCUACAGCAAACCACCCUCUUAGGAUGGCCAGCUUUCUAACCCGCGUCUUCAACCCACAACCUACACACACCAUUGCACACGGCUGCCAGAAUGCUGGCCAGUCGUAGUAUUGAGACGGGGCUGUGUCAUGGUGGGUAGGUGUAGUUAAAGAAGUUAGAUUCGGUGGGUUAAUAGACUUUUAUCAGCGCUAGUCACUUUUAUUUAUCGAAAGGUCCCAAAGCCACAUAUGGGGGCCAAGCACAAAAUUAAAAAAGAAAACAUCAAGCUGAUCUCUAACAGCAUGACAUAAAUCACAUAAAAACCUGAAUAUGACCAUUGACAUCAACGAUGAAACCUUGUGGUUUUAAAGCAUAGCUAACAAGUAGAAUUUAACCCUUUGUAAAUGUACCAUGGUAGACAUAUUUUUUGCCAAAAUACUAUAGUUACUAUGGUCAUUUUUUCUUUUCCUUGCAAAGCUUCCCCCGUACACACUAGAGAAACUUGAAAUACCUGAAUAGGAAUUUGUACGAAAAGCGAAAACUCUGGUGUGUAACCAUUUUGAUUGAGUCAAGAACUACGUUUACCAUGGUAUUUUUUUUAGGGUCUUCCUUACUGUGUUUUUGUCUCACUUGAGGGAAAAAAGCACAGAUGAGCAUUCCAAAACUUUCUGAGCUCUCUUCUUUAAAAGGGUAGAGUCACACACCUAUCUAUUGGAGGUGACACCACAAGUUCACCUGAUAAGUUGUUUUCAACGCAAAAUCUUUUGCUCUCACGUGCAACCUUCCCUCUAGUUGGCAAAGCUCAAAAAUACAUUAUUAGACCUCUAACCUGCAUGUCUUAAGCUACGUCAAUCAUAAACCACUAGCAAAGUUUUUUACACGUUAUUUUUUUACGUUAGUUCAAUGGUGCACUUUAUGUAUUCGUGCAUGUGUUGAGCUGUGCUAACCGUGCUGCUGUACUGUAGCUGGCGACUUACAUUUCCUUCAGUAUAUGGUUUACAUCAGCGAUUUUACAGAUUAUUCACAGUGACACAGUGCUUAAUCUAUAUAGCUAGAAUAUAAAAUAUUUCCAUUAGUUUUGUAUUAUUUUGUACACGGACUAUGCUUUUAUUGUUCGGAAGAGCUCUUGAUCAUUUAGUUUUGAGUACUUUUAAAGUGACCUUUUUAGCUUAAAUAUAUGUAGCUCAUCCAAUGGUUUUAUUUUUUAUUCCGUAAACCAUAUUUCCAAAGAUCGCUCCGGCCAAUAAGAAUGUAAACAUUUUAAAAGGGUUUUGAGAAAGAGUGUCACCGGCAACGUGGGUAAUAGUAACAAGUUACAGUUGAAUUUAUUUUAACUAAUAACAUCAUAUAGAUAAGCAAAAGGGCUGAAGCGGUGAAUUGACUAAAUUGGUGGUAAACAUUUCACAGACUGUGAUGUUAAAGUUGUGGCGUGGUCGGAAGAAUCAGGGGAAACGUUUUUGUUGAUUUUGUGCUCUUGUAUGAAUCUUUACAGUUUCAGAGUUACACAGAGAUGUACAGGAUUGACGUCCGGGCUAUUUUUAGUUGUCAAAUGCUAUGCACUUAAAGUGAACUCACCUUUACUCUUGCGCAUCUUCGUCCGAAGCACAACGUUUUUGUCAGCUAGCUCCGCAUACAAAAUUCUGUGUUACAACAAAUCUGGGAUCAGAUCCCCACCUGAGAUCAGUACUUUUAAACAUCAUGAGCAAUUUUAGAGCUACAAAGUCCCUUUAUUUGCUAGCGGUCACGUUAUUGUUGAAGGCAUCUUUCACUAAAGUAACGUUGAUCUAUUUUAUCUGGAACAUUUGUUGGAUCCUUGUAGGUGUUAGGUUAGGCAAAAUGUCACUGUUUGAAAUGUGGUUUUAAAAUAAUUACAAAACAAACAAUAAAAAAACGUUAUCUUUAAAAUGAUGUUGUGCCACAGUUAGGGUGAAACAAUUUGUGCUUGUUGGUUUGUGUGAGUACUUUUGGACAAUAGUGGUUACUGGUAUGAUUAGCCUGUGGUGUAAACUAAACAUUUUUCACUUCAGUCGCAAAGCAACGUUCAGCAUCUUUUCACCCAGCUUACUUCUGACAAUUGAAACUUGAACUGCUAAUAGAUUAAUAUAGAAUUGUUGUUACGUCACUAUUUGUAGGAUUUGUAAGAAAAGGGUGAAUCUCACAAAGCAAGUCAAAAACAUAUUAAAAUCCAAAAUUAAAAUUAUAUAUGGUUGAAAGUAAAAAACUUGUUUUAGGAACAGUAAGGUGCUUUUUCAUCCUGACAUUAAUUGAAAUUAAGCACAACAAUUCUUGCACUGGUAAAAAACAAGAUUCUCUUCAAUGGUGAUAUUUGUUGUAUGCUCAUUUAAAUUUAAACAUCAUUGUCUUACAAAAAGUUAUAGUCUUUUGGAUAAAAUUUGACCCUGGCAUGUUUCCGUGAGAUUCACCCAAAAUCAACUUUUUAAAAUUUUGGAUAACUGGUCAAAUUGUCCAUACCCUUCACAGGGAUGAAAAUAUCAUUUUCUUUGUGGCAAAAAAGUAUUAAGAACAGUAAAGUAUUAUACUCUAAAUGGGUCAAUUUUUGUGUUUUGCCUGCCACUUGCAGUGAUGUAUAGCAAUAGUUGUGUUUGAGUUGUGAAGCACAAGUGCUUUUCUUUUUUUUGUACAUUCAACACGUAUCAACACACCUCCUGUGACUGACCAUUUUCAAAAGAAUAAUAAACCAUCAAAAUGGUAACAUUUCUUUGGGUUAGGCUGACAAAGCAAAUAAUAGAUAAAAUAAUGUUAAUAUAUUCUAAAUUUAACCUGGUUUCUAAAUAUUUGUCUUGGUUUAAUGGCAUUUUGCAUUUAAAUAAUUACGUUAUAGUUGGUAAAUUCACUUUGAAUCUGAAAAGUUUUUAAAUUGAUUACAAUUCAAGGUCAUAUUGUUUAUUCAAGCAAGUAUUUUUAGAAAAUGCCCAUUUUAAAUCAUUUAAAUGAAGUUUCUUUUAUGCCGUUUCACAUACUGUAAAUUUUAAAGCUUGCAAAAUAAGCAAACCUAAAACUUUGAGAUGAGAAUCUGGAUAAAAACUAUAAUUUAAAAAAAAAUCUGAUUCAACACGAUCAAAUUUUAUAUCUUUACGUGUUCCUUGAAAAGCAAAGGAUUGGGGAAAAAGUGUCACUGCCAAAGAAUGUCAGCUGUUACAUUUUGUUUUUUGUUUGUGUUUUUGUGUGUAUGGAUGAAAGAAAGAUUUUCAGUAUUUAUUGAGCAGUCUGGGAGGAGAAUUGUCAAGUACCGAAUAUUUCCGAAUAAUUCAUUUCAGUAUAAAAUUGACAUGCUACAUUCCAUUCUGUUUUCAACUAAUACGAAAUGUCUAUUUUGUCAUUCCGUCAACAUGAACUGUCUCUUUAGCUGUGUGCUGUUUGGAGUCUGGUCUUUACCUGGCCGUAUCUGUCCUUGUACCUCUAUAUGUACCUGUGUUGAUUUGUAAUGUGAAAGUUCUACAAAAACUGUGAAGUGGAUUUGAGCAUUCUGAUUGGUCCUAUGAGCCAAUCAAAAUGGCAUCUGACCACUUCUUUAAAUACUUCUUGUCAAUGUAUUACAAUCUGUUCAAGGGUUAAUGUCCGAAUUCCACAAGCUUUGGAGUCAAACAGUAGAUUCGGCCAAAGUUAGCCCAAUUAAAGACAAGAAUCCACAAUAUUAAGACAUGAAAGACUAAGAAGCCAAGCUUGUGGAUAAGUAUUUUUGCACAUGCAUUUGUUAUCAGUUUUCUGCUUUUUGCCUUUCUGCCUCUAGACAAUAAUGCGUGUACAUAUCCAAAGUGCUUGUAAUAUGAACUGUUACUUUGUUGUGUUAUUUUUUUUAUUUUACAUGUUUUGUAGUACUUCUUUUUCAUAAUUGAGUUGUCAGUCAAUAGAUGUGGUAUGGACAGUGGAAGUGUUACUUGUAUUCUUUUUUUUAUUUAAUAAAACAUACCCGAUUUGUA